AAGAAAGUCCUUCAACUAAUCUACCCUCUCUCUCUUUAGGUACAACAAUCAUGGCAUGCUUCUCAACUUUCCUUCCUCUACCAACCAAUAGUCAAAAAUAGAAAAAUUCACUAAAAAAUGAAUACAAACAAAACAACAAUUAAUCUCUUUAAGCAAGCCAUCAUCAAAUUCACCUUGAACAGAAAAGAAAAGCUGAUAUAAUACAUCACCUAUUUUCUUGGUGGUUGGAAGAAGGAAUUGGAGAAAAUCUUCAAGAGGGAAGAAGAAAAAUGGUUGGAGAAUCAAGAAAGUGGGUGGUGCUAAUAGCAACAAUUUGGAUACAAGCAUUCACAGGGACAAACUUUGACUUCUCAUCAUAUUCAUCUGAGAUGAAAUCAGUUCUUGAUAUAACUCAGCUUCAGCUUAAUUCUCUCUCAGUUGCAUCAGAUAUGGGGAAAGCAUUUGGUUGGUGUUCUGGUGUCACACUCAUGUAUUUUCCAUUGUGGGUGGUUUUGAUCAUGUCUGCUUUUUUAGGGCUUCUUGGUUAUGGUUUUCAAUGGCUUGUCAUUCAAAGACUCAUUACUUUGCCUUAUUAUCUGGUAUUUUUUCUGUGCUUAAUUGCAGGGUGUAGCAUCUGCUGGUUCAACACCGUCUGCUAUGUAUUAUGCAUAAAAAAUUUCACAAGAAACCGUUCACUUGCAUUAUCUUUGAGUGUUAGUUUCAAUGGUGUAAGUGCAGCUUUAUUUACUCUCAUUGCCAAUGCAAUAAACUCAAACAACGACACUCUCUAUCUCUUGCUCAAUGCCCUUGUUCCUCUCCUCAUUUCCUUAUUAGUACUCCCUCCAAUUCUUUACCAACCACAGCCUCAGCAAAAUUCCUCCGACACCCUUCAUUGUCGCGACCGCGAUUCCUUAAUUUUCCUUUGCCUCAACAUCCUUGCCCUUGUUACAGGCAUCUACCUCCUCUUCCUAUAUUCCCUCUCAUCGUCCCCAACCGUAGCUCGUGCUAUCCUUGUCGGCGCGGUUUUUCUCCUGGCAAUGCUUUUAUUCUUGCCAUACAUUGUUUAUUCAAGAGAAUGGUCUUGUUUCACCCUCCCUACAAGCUUUUCUUUAUAUGAGUCAAGUUUCGCUCGUAUUGACAAUAAUGAUGAACAUGAGCUUCACAAAGAACUAAUUAGUAUGGAGGAUAAUGAUGCAAUGAAUAGUGGAAGUGUACAAAGCAUGAUGAUAGAGAAGAGUUUUUGUUUUGCUAGUGUAUUGGAAAAAGAGAAACUUACAAUGCUUGGCGAAGAGCAUACAACUAAGAUGUUGAUUCGUAGGUGGGAUUUUUGGCUAUAUUACAUUGCAUAUUUUUGUGGAGGAACAAUUGGAUUGGUUUAUAGUAAUAACUUGGGCCAAAUUUCUCAAUCACUUGGACAUGGUUCUCUCACAAGUUCUCUUGUCACACUUUAUUCUACAUGUUCCUUUUUUGGUCGCCUUCUAGCAGCCGUACCUGAUUUAUUCAGCAGCAAGAUACACUUUGCGAGAACUGGAUGGUUUGCUGCAGCCUUGAUACCAACACCAAUUGCCUUCAUUUUACUAGCCAUAUCUGGCACUAAAACAACAUUACAAUUAGGCACAAGCUUAAUUGGAUUAAGUUCUGGCUUUGUAUUUUCUGCCGCAGUUUCUAUUACAUCAGAAUUAUUUGGUCCAAACAGUGUUGGUAUGAACCACAAUAUCCUCAUCACAAACAUUCCUUUAGGUUCAUGUCUUUAUGGCCUUCUUGCAGCAUUGGUUUAUGACUCAAAUGCCACAAGCAGAAGAGAUUCAAUAUGGCUGCGUGAGAUGUCAAUGUGCAUGGGAAGGAAAUGCUAUAUGCAGACAUUUAUAUGGUGGAGUUGCAUUUCAAUUGUUGGAUUGGUUUCAAGCUUCUUGCUUUUCUUAAGGACUAAGCAAGCUUAUGACGGUUAUGAAAGAAAUAAAACUAGAAACAGAAUACAGGCAAGUUAGCUUUUGAAUUAGAAUUGUAUGAUGCAAAUGUUGAAAUUAUAUGAAACGAAAUAUAAAUAUAUCAUUUUUUAGUAAUGUUGGAAAGUAAGAGAAGAAUAAUGUGUUGUUGUGGCAAUAUGAAUCACUCCUAUGCAGCAAAUUUUUGACA